AUGGCACAUAAAAUUGUUUUUGCAAAUUUUACUCGUCAAUGUUUAUUUUCAACAUUACAAUCCUCAACAAUUUGUUCUUCACAAUUUUUGCCAGAAAUUAAUCAAAAGCGAACAAUUGUUGACAAACAUUUAUUUAAACUUCCAGAAGAUUAUCCAGAACCUUGGCCUUACAAAGAAAAGCCUUUUCCAGCUAGAUUGUGUCCUUUUGAUCCGGGCUUUGCUAGACGACAUGAAAAUUCGAAACUUAUAAUUGUUGAGGGAAAUAUUGGGUCUGGAAAGUCAGAAUUUGCCAGUCAAUUAGCUGAUGCUUUAGGCUUUUAUCAUAUGCCUUCAUUUUCUAUGAAUGAAAUUUUGAUUGACAGAUAUGGAAAUGAUAUGAGGAAAUUUCAUCAUUUAUUUCCAAAAAGAUUUCGAGUUCCCGAUGAAAUUAUGUUUUAUAAAGAUCCGGCAAGUGAUCAAACUGCUGUUAUGCAAAAUACUAUUUAUCAAUGCCGGUUUGAUCAGUACUUGAAUGCUUUGGCCCAUAUUUUGAAUACGGGUCAAGGAGUUGUGCUUGAGAGGUCACUUUACAGUGAUUUUGUUUUUGUAAAUGCAAUGCGUGAAAAAGAUUGGAUUAGUCCAGAAUUUUUUAAAUAUUAUCAUUUUAUGAGGAAAUUAUCUCUGCAGCAAAUCCCUUUUUACCCUCAUUUAAUGAUUUAUUUGGAUCCUUAUGAAAUUGCUGCUGUUGAUGGACAAUAUUUGAUGACAAUUAAAGAAUCUUAUAAAGAUUUAAUUAAAGAAUUAAAGCGUCAUUCUUAUAUUUUAACUUAUGAUUGGACAGAACCAGAAUAUAUGGAUAUUGUUUUGGAUGAUAUUUUUAAAUUAAAAAUGGAUAAUGUUCAAUGGCAUAGUGCUGGGGAUGUUCUUGCGACUUGGACGGCUUUGGCUCGAUCUGAUACUGAACACAAUCGGCAUCGCUUUUUUUGUACCUACAAAAUACCUUUGUUUAUAAAAGCAUUUGGGGAUUUGGAUCAAUUAGAUACUGAAGUAUCAGAAUUAUAUAUUUACCCGCCCGACGGAAUGCAUUUUCGUCGUGUUAUGAUGCACGAAGUUUUGAAAGCUUUUCAUACUUAUGGAUAUAUAAAAGGGAAAGACCCGAUCGCUGGCUGGAAGUAUUCAGAUGUUCCUUUGGUUGUCCCGGAAGGAUGGUAUGAAUAUUGGUGGAAAGAGCAUUGGUAUAAUUCAAUGCAUUUCUCUGACACUUUCUUAGACCCUUAUGGAAAAUAUUAUGAUCCCGAUUAUUUACAUCAUUAA